AUGAAGAAAGUUGACAGGAAGAAAAUGGACGCAUCUGAAAUGUGGUGUUGGGAGGAGAGUUUUCCAGACACCGUGGACCGCCAAAAAGACAGCCGGAAGAAGCGGAAGAAAAAGGGCAAGAAGUCCAAAACCAAGGACAAGAAGAAAAAGAAGGAAGAGGAGAAUUAUGCCCAGAUGUAUGAGCAGGAGCUUCGAGAUUACCGCUCUGAAGAUUCCCAUGAAACUGAAGAUGAAUAUAACAAGAAAAAAGUCUAUGAAGUUGUGACAGUGACGGGAGAUGUUCGAGGCGCGGGGUCAGACGCCAAGAUCUUUGUUACUCUCUUUGGAGAAUUUGGCAUCACUGCGAAGGCUCACCUGACAAGCAAGAGCGAGAGUGCAUUUGAGAGGAGCAAAACGGAUGUUUUCCGAGUGAGAACCAACAAUGUUGGAACAAUAAGGAAGAUAAGAAUUGAGCAUGACAACACGAGCAUGAAUCCCAGCUGGUUCCUGGAUCGCGUGAUCGUCACCGACAUGAACAGGCCGCACCUCCGUUUCUAUUUCCCGUGCAACAAUUGGCUCAGCAAGGACGACGGCGACGGUCUGAACGUGAGAGAUCUGCUCGGCACCCUUAAUCCAAUGGACGUUCCUAAAGGCGAGAGGAAGCUGGACAACGACAACGACAAUUUCGAGCGAGCGCAAGAAGACAAGUUCACCCUGGACGCUCCCAACAUGGGACGGCUCCGAAAGAUCAACAUCGGCCACAAUAACAAAGGAGGCUCGGCGGGUUGGUUCUUGGACAAGGUCCUCAUUGAAGAUAUCGGCAACAAAGCCAACUACGAGUUCCCGUGCUACCGUUGGCUCGCCAUGGAUGAAGAUGAUGGCAAAAUUCAGCGGGAUAUCCUGGUGGGAGGAGCAGAAGCUACAGGGAUGGUUUACAACGUUGCCGUUAUGACUGGGGACGUCAGAGGGGCCGGGACCAACUCCAAGAUCCACAUCGUCAUGCACGGCUCCAAAGGGCUGAAAAACAGCGGGAAGGUUUUCCUGGAGGGAGGCGAGUUCGAGCGUGCCAGGACGGACCUCUUCAACAUCGAGAUCGCUGCUCUUCUCAGCCCCUUGAGCCGUGUCUCCAUUGGGCACGACAACUGCGGCGUCAGCUCUGGCUGGUACUGCGAGAAGGUGACAGUGUAUUGCCCAUUUACUGGCAUUGAGCAGACGUUCCCCUGUGGGAAAUGGCUGGAUGAAGACGAAGGUGAUGGGUUGGUGGAACGGGAACUCUACGAAAUGCUCUCGCUGCGCCAGAAGAGACUGAAAAAAAAUCCUUGGUCGCUGUGGAUCUGGACAAGUGACAUGAGGGGGGCAGGGACAGACGCCCCCAUCUUCUUCCAGAUUUUUGGGGACAAAGGGAAGUCUGACGAAAUGAAGCUGGACAACAACUCGGAUAACUUUGAAGCUGGGCAAACGGACAAGUUCAUGAUCGAGCUCCCAGAUCUGGGCACCUUUUACAAGCUCCGAAUAUGGCACGAGAAACGGACCCCGUUUUCUGGCUGGCAUCUGCAAAAGGUAACCCUUUUGAAAACGCUGACGAAAGAGAAGUACACCUUUAAAUGCAACCGCUGGCUGGAUGCCAACGAAGACGACAGGGAGGUUGCGAGGGAACUGCCAGCCGAAGGCCCGCUCGUGACCGAGGUCAUGCCAGUGAUAAAGUACCGGGUGACGGUGCAGACCGGUUCGGUGAGUGGAAGCGGGACAGAUGCCAAAGUCUUUACUUGUCUCAUCGGGGACCAAGGAGAUACUGGAGACCGGCUCCUCUGCAACAGUGUGAACACUACCAACAAAUUUGAGAAGGGCAGUAUCGACGAGUUCAUCAUCGAAGCGGUCGACCUGAAGCAGGUGAGGAGGGUGAGGAUAGGGCAUGACGGCAGAGGAGGAAGCAGUGGCUGGUACCUUGGCAAAGUGAUAGUGAGGCAAGAUGGACAGCCAGAGAGUGAGGCGGUGGAGUUUCCCUGCUACAGAUGGUUUGACAAAAAUGAGGACGAUGGAUUGAUUAUUCGGGAGUUAGUGCCGGAAGGGAGAUCGUACAUCCUGGAAAAUGUUGGUUACCACAUCAGCAUAAAGACCGGAGAUGUCCCUGGAGCCAGCUCCGAUUCCAAGGUUUUGAUCAAGAUGUAUGGAGAAAAAGGAGACACUAAAAAAGAGUUUCUCUUGGUUUCCGAUAACGACUUAGAAGAUUACUUUGAGCGCGGCCGGAUCGAUAUCUUUACUCUCGAUACAAGGGACAUCGGAAAGAUCAAACGGCUGCUGAUCGGACAUGACAACGUCGGGCUCCAGGCCGGCUGGCAUCUCGGAAGUGUUCAGGUUACCAUACCUGUCCACGGCUUGCAGUACAACUUCCCUUGCAACCGGUGGCUCGACAAGAAUGAAGCCGAUGGGAGGGUGGAAAUAGAGGUCUACCCGAGCGAGAUCGUGCCGAUCGAGAUAUUGAUAAAUUAUGAGGUGGUUGUCGUUACCGGUGACGUGCGGAAUGCGGGCAGCAACGCCAACGUCUUCAUGCAAAUGUACGGGGAGCUGGGGAAAACGGAGCUGCUCAUCCUGCAAAACAGGUCAAACAACUAUGAGAGGGGAGCGACAGAACUCUUCAAGAUAGAGGCGGCAGACGUUGGCAAGAUCUACAAGAUUCGGAUCGGCCAUGAUGGGAGUGGCAUUGGGGACGGCUGGUACUUGGAAACGGUCAACAUUAAGAAGUUUGCCACCAAGGAAGAAAAGAAGAAAAAGAAGAAGAAAAGGAAGUCUGGCGAAGAAGAGGAGCGGGAGCUGCCCUCUAUGGAAGGCACCAUUGAGACUUACGAAUUUGCAGCCCACCGUUGGCUGGCCAGUGACGAAGAGGAUAAGGAACUGGUGGUGGAGCUGAUGCCAGAGGAGGGGUCGGAAUUAGAGGCAAACGUCUAUGAAGUCCAUGUCAUCACUGGGUCAGUGACGGGUGCAGGGACAGAUGCCAAUGUUUAUGUGGCCAUCUACGGGGAAAGGGGAGACACCGGGGAGCGUCACCUGAAGCGCUCGGACCACAUGAACAAGUUCGAGAAGGACCAGGUGGAUAUAUUCACUGUCAAAGCUGUUGACCUCGGAGAGUUAAAGAAGUUACGUAUUCGACACGACAACACGGGAAGCAAUCCAGCUUGGUUCCUGGAGAGGGUAGAGAUUAUUGACACCAAGGAGGAAACAACGUAUUAUUUCCCAUGCCAGAGGUGGUUGGCGGUGGAAGAGGACGACGGGCAGGUCGCUCGAGAACUCGUGCCAGUGGCUGAAGCGUUCGUGAAGAAGGAUCCAAACAGUUCCAGUUCUGCUGCGACGCUUGGCCUGGAGCAAAAAGCUCAAUCCACGACGUUCACCGUGACGGUGAAAACGGGGGACAAGAAGCAUGCUGGGACGGAUGCCAACGUCUUCAUUGUGCUUUAUGGAACCAAAGAUGAUACAGGCACAAUAUACUUGAUGGCCUCCAAGACGAACAAGAACAAAUUUGAGCGGGGGAAGGUCGACGUAUUCACAGUGGAAUGUGUGGACCUCGGAGACUUGAAGAAAAUAAAGAUUGGCCAUGACAACUCAGGGAAAGCCUCAGGUUGGUUCCUUGAGUGGGUAGAAGUGGACGGUCACUGCUUGGGGGUGUGCCUUGUGUUCCCCUGUGGCCGCUGGCUGGAUAAAUCAGAAGACGACGGCUCCAUCGAAAGGGUCCUCUUUCCUGCAGAACUUCAGACGAGGACAUACGUUCCAUUUGUCCCUUAUGAGAUUACCGUUUACACGAGUGACGUUUUUGGAGCUGGCACGGACGCAGAUGUUUUCAUCGUCCUGUACGGAGCCGAUGGGGUGUGCACUCGGCAGAAAUCCUUAUGCCAAAACAAGAGGGAGCGAAGGAUGUACUUUGAGAGGAACUCUGUGAACCAGUUCAUCAUUGAGCUGGAGGACAUUGGAGACAUCACCGAAAAGAUUCGCAUCGGGCACGAUGGUUCGGGGAUCAAUUCAGGGUGGCAUCUGUAUAAAGUGGAGGUGCGCAGACUUCUGCCCAAUGGAAAGGGUUCCGAAAAAACCACCUUUCCGUGCGACAAGUGGUUAGCAAGAUCCGAAGAGGACGGCGAGAUCAUGAGGGAACUGGUGCCGUCCCGAGUCUUUACCGAGAAACUCCUGAAGGAUGGGACGCUCAAACAGAUCGAUGAAGUAAUUGAGGACGCCCUAGAAAAUUGCACAUACAAUAUUACUGUUUGCACCGGAGACAUUUUUGGUGCCGGAACAGAUGCCAACGUGUUCUUGACCAUCUACGGAGACCUGGGAGAUACAGGGGAGAGAAAACUGAGCAAGUCUGAAACAUACAUGAACAAAUUUGAAAGAGCACAGGAAGACAUAUUCAGAAUCCAGGCAGUGGACUUGGGGACAAUCUACAAAAUCCUGAUCCGUCAUGACAACAGCAUGCCGCGACCCGAUUGGUACCUGGACAAAGUAGAGAUUGUGAAUGAGAACACAGAUGACUACUACCUGUUUAUGUGUGAGCGCUGGCUGUCGAUGAAGAAGGAAGAUGGCAAGAUUGAGCGGAUCCUUUAUGAAAAAAACUACGAUCGCAAUCAGAAGAGCAUCGAUGACUCAUCUCUAAGCAAGGAUAACAAUGCAAAUGUGAAAGACAAGAAAUCGGACGACGCAGAGUCCUCCCCUGUAGAAGGAGCACUGAUUCCUUACCAUGUCGUCAUCACCACCGGAAGCGAGCUGGGCUCCGACACCGACAGCCGAGUUUACAUCAUCAUCAUGGGGUCCGGGAAGCUUCGGACUCACCGCCUCUGGCUGGAUCUCUCAGAUGAUCGGACUGAAUUUGCGGAUGCCUCCGUGGAGAAGUUCUCUGUUAUGGGGCUAGAUGUGGAAGAAGUCAAGAAAGUGGAGGUGGGCCAUGAUGGGGCAACGCCAGAAAGCUCCUGGCUCCUGGACGAGAUGACAAUCAUUGUGCCCACUAAAGGUGUCAUGUACACCUUCGUCUGUAAGUGUUGGCUGGCCAGAGACAUGGGCGACGGGCUCACCUCUCGCGUCUACAACAUCCUGGAUGCCGAUAGUGUCUUCAUCGGCCUGAAGAUUCUCUACGAAGUGACCGUUGUGACUGGAGAUCUCCCAGGCGCCGGUACAGACGCCAGUAUUUACAUCAUGCUCUUUGGAUGCAACGGGUGUACCGAAGAGAUGCAGCUGGAAAAAGAUGGCGAUAGAUUUGAAGUUGGCCAAACAGAUAUUUUCAUCAUGGAGAUUCCAGACAUCGCUCCGUUAAGGAAGAUGAGAAUACGGACGGAUGGGGAAGGGUAUCGUCCUGAUUGGUUUCUCGAACAGAUUGUCAUGAAGAACCUGACAACCCACGAGGUCACCACGUUCACCUACAACGAGUGGCUGUCCACGGAAUUGGGAGAGAACCGUACUUUGGAAUGGGAGAUGCCAGCGGUGAUUAACGAGGAGCAGAUGAUGCAGUACACAACGUACACCGUGCAGGUGAAAACCAGUGACACAAAAGGCGCCGGAACAGAUGCCAACGUAUUCAUAAGUAUCUUUGGAGAGAGCGGAGACACGGGGACUUGGGCUCUGAAGAAGUCCAAUCAGUCCAACAAGUUUGAGAGGGAUCAGAUGGAUGUUUUCUAUUUCGCAGAUGUCCUCAGUCUCGGGGACCUCUGCAAGGUGCGCAUCUGGCACGACAACAAAGGAUUCGGAGCUGGCUGGCACCUGGAAUAUGUCGAGGUGGAGGACUCCCUGAUGGAUAAGUCAUUUCGUUUCCAGUGUGACCGCUGGCUGGCUAAGGAUGAAGAUGAUGGGCAGACCAUCCGAGAACUGGCUUGUGCCAACAACGACAUUCUGGAACUGAAGGAGCGCACCACCUACGAGGUCCUGACGGAGACCAGUGACCUGGAGGAUGCAGAGACCAAGGAAAACAUCUGGAUUAUUCUCGAGGGCAAAAGGGGACGUUCCAAAGAGUUCCUGUUGGAGAACUCGACCAAAAAAAGGAGGUUUUUAAGAGGAGCAAAAGACGAAUUCCAAUUUUCUUCGAAGAAUGUCGGCGACAUUGCAGCCAUCUGCGUUGGCCACUGCCCAAAAGACGGGAAGAAAUCAAAAUCGAGCUCCAAAGUGGAGGUCUACUGGCACGUCAAAGAAAUUAUCAUCACAGAGACCGAACUUUCCAACCAGUAUUUCUUCAAGUGCAAUGCAAAAAUCCCUCUCCGCAGCAAGAGGGGUGACUACAAAGUCUUCGAGUGUGCCAAGGUGGUCGAGAGCUUUGCCAGCAAAGCUCGGAGUCUGGUGCCAGUCAAAUACGAGGUCAUUGUGGUGACGGGGUUCGAGAAGGGAGCUGGUACAGAUGCCAACGUUUUCAUCACCAUCUUCGGAGCGAACGGGGACUCAGGAAAGCGGUCGCUGAAGCAGAAGCACCGCAACCUCUUCGAGCGAGGGAAAGAUAACCGGUUUUACCUGGAAAUCCUCGAACUUGGGGAGCUGCGAAAAGUUCGGAUCGAGCAUGACAAUACCGGCUUAUCUUCUGGCUGGCUGGUGGAACGUGUGGAAAUCACCAACUCAGCUACUGGCGUGACCACGAACUUCCCCUGUGGGAAGUGGCUGGAUGAGAACAGAGGAGAUGGGUUGAUGUGGAGGGAGAUAUUCCCACGGAAUUAAUGAAAAUAUCAGCAAUUUUAAAUACACAUUUCUUGGCAGU